AAAGGAAAAAAGAAAAAUCCACCGAAACAACAAAAAACUCAAAGCAAAAAACGAUCUCAUUUCUAAGCAGCAAACAAAUUCUGAGAAUAAGAAAAGGUAUUCACACCAAAAGGCUGAGAGAAGGAAAAGAAUUACAAUUCAAUUGAUUUGGCAAAUAAUAAUGUAUUUGUUUUGAUUUUAUAUAUGAUAAUUCUUCAAAAUUUCCAUCCUGCAAUUUUCACAGUAUUUAAUCAAAUGCUAAAACAAACACGUAAAGCCUUUGUCCCGAUUAGCGAUUCAAUUUCUAUACAAAGAACGUCACAAAAAUCUUAUUAUUAAAAUUAAUUGAACUAAAAAGAAAGCGCAAGACUAUACAACUAUACAAUGCCUUUUCUUAUUCCUAAUCUUCAUGAUCAUCAAUUAAAAAUAAUGGAAACUAAAUAGAAAUCAUACAAAAAUAGACGCAAACAAAGUGCAUUUCAUGACCAAGGAAAAACAAGCGCCAACUAACAACACACACAUGCAAUUAUCUAUAUCACCGCCAUUAUCACUAUCAGUAUCAGUCACUAUCAAUAAUCUAUAGACCAGUACUCACCGAUCACUUCCUUAAACUGAAUCACUCUCAACAUUCCCCACGAUCGCCACUUCAUUAGAAACCACCAAUAAUUGGCUAUCAAUUGGAACAAAUUGGAAACAAAAACGAGGAGCAACACACUAAUCUGGGUUUUCAAAUGAAAGCACAAUCUUUUCAGAUGUGGGCGAUUUAAAAAGGGCACAAAAACCCCAACCAAGACUAUAAAAAAUUUCCAUUAAAAACUCAACUCAAGUGAAUCAGUGUUCUUUUGUGAGACAAUGCGCACAACUUUCGGUCGUGGCCCAAAGUUUAUUCUGCUAACAAGCAAAUUCAACCACGUUCAACACAAGGAAGUAAUUACUUAGGCCCUGGCCAUAAUCUGAAAACAAAAAACCAAGCCCAGUGAAUUAGCAAAACCAGUGAAGUCAGGACCCAGUUAAUAAACCAGUGACCAUGUCUUCGGAUACGAAUUCCUGCACCAGCUUCUUCAAUCAGGAGCAUGCCAAUGCCACCUUGUCGCAGUAUUUCCAUCAGCUCAACUCUCAGGUGGCAGCUGCAGCGGCAACAACCAAUAAUAACAGCGGAAGUAGUGGCAACAACAGCAGCAGCGGCAACAGUGACAGCGGAAAUGAUGGUAGCAUGACGGGAUCGGGAUCAGGAUCAGGAUCAGGAUCUUCGGGAUCAACCAUGGACAACCAUCGGAGCAGUGUGAGCAGCAAUGAUUCGGGCAAGAGUUCGGGCGGCGGUUCCGGUGGAGGAUCAGGUGUGACCAACAAUAAUGUGAAUGCCUGGGCCUUGCAGCAGCAACAGCAGACAGCAGCCUUGCACCAUCACCAGCAGCAACAGCAGCAGCAACAACAACAGCAGCAGCAACAUCAACAGCACUUGCAGCAACAGCAGCAGCAGCAUGCACACCAGCAACAUGUGGCUGCUGUUAUGCAGCAGCAGCAACAGCAACAGCAGCAGCACUCACAUCACGCCCAACAGCAUGCACAGCAGCAACAUCAUGGUCAUACACUGCAUCCGCACCACACACAUCAGCAACAACAGCAGCAACAGCAGCAGCAGCAACAACAACAACACCACCACCAACAGCAACAUCAGCAGCAACAUGCACAGCAGCAACAGCAGCAACAUCAUGCCGCCCAACUGGCCCACACACUCUCCUCAGCGGCCGCUGCCGCUGCUGCUGGCAAUGGUGGCAACAAUAAUACCAAUACACACUCCAUCUUUGGCACCGGCAACUUCCACUACAAGACCAACAAUUCGUGGACACUGCCCACGUUGACUUAUCAGAUCUAUCAGGAGAAUCCCCAUUAUCAGCGCAACUCCUUUAUGGAUCCGCAGAGCAAUGUGGCUGCCGCCGCUGCAGCUGCAGCAGCAGCUGCUGCAGCCUCUGCUGCUAAUGUGGCAAAUGGAAACCAGGGAACCAGUGCGAAUCCCAGUGGAAAUAAUAAUUCUGCCGUGGCAGGACCCAAUCCUGGACAAAAUAGUAAUAACAACAAUAACAAUAACAGCGGGAACAACCAGAGUAACAACAACAACAGCAGCAGCAACAACAGUAACAAUAAUAACAAUGUGUCAUCCGUGCAACAUGUGGCCAAUGCCGUGGCAGCAGCCGUCAUAGCCAACGAGCAUCAAAAUCAUUUGAACAGCCUCAAGGCGAGGUUUCAACCAUCUAGCUCAGGCAGGAAAUCUCCAUUUUUGGGUUUCAUUUGCAAAGCAAACGGCAAAUCCACAUCGAAUAGCAAAGAAAUCAUCUGCCCCGAUGACAAAUACAAGGAGGAGGGCGACAUUUGGAAUGUCGAGGCGCAGACAGCGUUCCUGGGCCCAAAUCUGUGGGACAAGACCCUGCCCUAUGAUGCCGACCUCAAGGUAACACAAUAUGCCGACCUAGACGAGUUCCUCUCGGAGAAUAACAUACCUGAUGGCCUGCCCGGCACGCAUCUGGGCCACUCGAGUGGCCUGGGCCACCGGUCCGAUUCCCUGGGCCACGCAGCGGGUCUGUCGCUCGGCCUUGGCCACAUAACCACAAAGCGGGAGCGAUCGCCCUCGCCGUCCGACUGCAUCAGUCCGGACACGCUAAAUCCGCCAUCGCCGGCCGAGUCAACAUUUUCGUUCGCCUCCUCGGGCCGUGACUUUGAUCCGCGGACCCGAGCCUUCUCCGACGAGGAGCUCAAGCCGCAGCCGAUGAUCAAAAAGUCACGCAAGCAAUUCGUUCCAGAUGAGCUCAAGGACGACAAGUACUGGGCCCGCCGCCGGAAGAACAACAUUGCCGCCAAGCGAUCCCGCGACGCCCGGCGCCAAAAGGAGAAUCAGAUUGCGAUGCGGGCACGCUACUUGGAGAAGGAAAAUGCAACAUUACAUCAAGAGGUGGAGCAGUUGAAACAGGAGAACAUGGACUUGCGUGCACGUCUAUCGAAAUUCCAAGAUGUGUAAUGAUAAAUACAAUUUUGUGACUUGGCCUGAGGACACCACAACAAUUAAAUAAUAAUAAUUAUUGAUAAAGCAAAAAUAACAAUAAUCAUAAUUAUGAUAAAACUACUAAUAAUGUUUAGUAAUGCAGACAUGAAAACCUACACUAUAAAUCUAUCUAUAUAUAUAUAUAUAUCUAAAUAUAUAUAUGUGAAAAUAUAAUAUAAUUAGUAAGAAAACACACAACAAACACACCUACACCCCUCACGGCGUCGUGCUCCGCUUAAAUAUUUAUUUUAUGCUAAAACGGAAACCGAACUAAAAAGCAAAUUAACUAAAAACACAAAAGGAGGAGAAACUAAACAUUUUUUAGAGUAGCCAAAAAACGAAAAUAGAAAAGAAAGUCUCGCGAGCAGCCGAAGCUUUUUGCCUUUAAAACGUAGCAUACUUUUCCGAGCGCAAUGGGAGUCCUAGAACACAGACACACUUAGAGAACCCAGACCCUAGAAUUGUUAUAUUUUAAAUUGUUUAAUAGUUGUUUAGCCUAGUUUUACGCCAGAAACCCUACACCUUCUACUUUUUCACCAUUAUUUCCCCCGAAACUUCUUCUUCUACUUACUACUAUUAUUAAUCUAAUUUUUAUUAUUAUUCUUUGUAAUUAGUUCUUCGAUUAAGUUUUGCUUUAGCAAAUAGUGAAAGGAAAACAACACACAACAAAUCAUAUUGUAAAUAAUUUCGUUGCCUUUUA